GGGCAAAGCCGGGGCAAGACAUAAAAGGAAGAUGACACUAAUUCGCUGACCUGCAACAGAGGGCAGUUUGGAAAGUUAAAACAACAACAACAACGAAUACCAAAGGGAGGUAAGUGCUGGAAACUGGGUUUGGCUCAAAGUGCUGAAGCUGAAAAGUGACCAGACCCCAUUCGUCAGUGCCAGUGCCAGGGCCAGAACCUUGAGAAAGGCAACUUGAUCAAUUCGCAGAGGUGCUUGAGUCCCCACCAGCGUCAGGAAUAUGAAUGAGCUGUACAGCAAAACCGAGACCAUCCUGCUCCGGAAAAAAUACAUUGGGCCGUCCUGUAAAGUUUUCUUCUCCAACGACCCCAUCAAGAUAGUUCGGGCCCGGGGGCAGUACAUGUUUGAUGAAAAUGGGGAGCAAUACCUGGACUGCAUCAAUAAUGUCGCUCACGUGGGCCACAGCCACCCAGAAGUGAUCAAGGCUGCCAUGAAACAGAUGGAGCUGCUCAAUACAAAUUCCCGAUUCCUCCAUGACAGCAUUGUUGAGUAUGCCAAGCGCCUUUCCGAAACUCUGCCAGAGAAACUAUCUGUUUGCUAUUUUGCUAAUUCAGGAUCUGAAGCGAAUGAUCUUGCCUUACGCCUGGCCCGGCAGUACAGAGAUCACGAAGAUGUGAUCACACUUGACCAUGCUUACCAUGGUCAUGUUUCUUCCUUGAUUGAAAUCAGUCCAUAUAAAUUCCGAAAGGGCAAAGAUGUCAAGAAAGAAUUUGUGCAUGUAGCACCAAGUCCAGAUAUUUACCGAGGAAAAUAUAAGGAGGACCACCCAGAUCCAGCUGGUGCUUAUGCAGAAGAGGUGAAGAAAAUCAUUGAAGAAGCCCAGAAAAGUGGGCGGAAGAUUGCUGCUUUUAUUGCUGAGUCUAUGCAGAGCUGUGGAGGCCAAGUCAUUCCACCAGCAGGCUACUUCCAGAAAGUGGCAGAAUAUGUCCGCAGAGCAGGGGGUGUAUUUAUAGCUGAUGAAGUUCAAGUUGGUUUUGGUAGAACUGGGGAACAUUUUUGGAGCUUCCAAAUGCAUGGUGAAGACUUUGUGCCAGACAUUGUUACCAUGGGUAAACCAAUGGGCAAUGGACACCCAUUAUCUUGUGUUGUGACAACUCAAGAAAUUGCAGAAGCCUUCAGUGCUUCCGGAAUGGAGUAUUUUAACACGUAUGGAGGAAAUCCAGUAUCCUGUGCUGUUGGCUUGGCCGUCCUGGAUGUAAUCGAAAAGGAAGAUCUUCGAGGAAAUGCUACACGUGUUGGAAAUUACCUAACUGAGUUACUGAAUAAGCAAAAAGCAAAACAUCCAUUGAUAGGGGAUAUAAGGGGCAUUGGCUUUUUUAUUGGAAUCGACUUAGUGAAGGAUCAACAGAAAAGGACCCCUGCCACUGCUGAAGCACAACAUAUCAUCUAUAAGAUGAAAGAAGAGGGAAUACUUAUCAGUGCUGAUGGUCCCCACAGGAAUGUUCUUAAGUUAAAACCACCAAUGUGCUUCACAAAGGAAGAUGCUAAGUUCAUGGUAGAACAGCUGGAUAAAACUCUAACGGUUUUAGAAGAGUCCACAGGAACCAGGACCAAAAGGCUUACGGAGGCAAGCUCAGACAGUGCCAGUGACAACAGCAGUCAGAUCGGUGAAAACACCAGUAAAAAGAGAAAUGGAUUGUUCACAGAAAAUCAUACAGUGCCUGAGAAAAGGAUCAGGACCUGAGAUUCAUGGCUGCGGACUAAUGGAACAGCAGGAUUUAAAGAGAAGGAGCAGAAGUGACCAGCAGUUUUCUUUUUGGCUUUUCCUGCUGUUAAUAACCCAUCUAUUUAAUGGUGGCACAUAGUGAUUGUUUAUUCUGUUUGCAUUUGUAAAUAACUUGAUAAAUAAGCAAUGAGCAAAAAACAACAGCUAAUCAAAAUACCUGUUCUAGGAUAUCCUUUCUUGACCUUUGUGAAAUAGAGUGCUUUUUAUUCUGUUCUGUGUGAAAUUUAAAUAUUCAGUAUCAAGAAAAUCCCAUGUAUAUUUUCCAUAUCUUAAUGAUUAAAAGUACAAGGCAAAGCACAGCAACCAUGUCAGAUUUGAAACUUAAGGGAUCUAAAUAAAAUUUAACCCUA